UGUUCUCAUCUGCAGUAGUAUUUGAUGUAAUGAGUCCACACAUGCCCACAGACAACAGCAUUCCUGUCAUGUCAGUGUCAACAGCCUGCAGCUCUUUAAUAAGUGAAGAUGAACUAUUGCAUAACCCAUCCAACAGCCGGAGACAGAGUCUGUCUGCAGGAGCUGGACAUCUCUGGACAUGGACACACACACUCUGAGCCUCGGGUGGUGUGUGAAGUGCAGUGGAGGAGUUUACAGCUCUGAUCAGGCCUGUCAAGCCAUGGGCCGAGUUUACCAUGAUCGCUGCUUCACCUGCUGCACCUGCGGCCAGAAACUGAAAGGGAAGCCCUUUUAUGACUUUUCCGGACAAGUGUUCUGCGAGGAGGAUUAUUUGUAUUCCAGCGUCAAGCACUUUGCAGAGGUCUGCUCAUCCUGCGGCUAUUUAAUCACAGAUAUGGUGCUCCAGGCUUUGGGAAAGUCCUUCCACCGCGAGUGUUUCCGCUGCGUGGUCUGCAACGAGACUCUGGAGGGGCAGCAGUUCAGUGUGGACGCACAAAAUAAGAUCUACUGUGUGAAGGAUUACCACAGGUUUUUAGCCCAGACCUGUGCUGUAUGUGAGCAGCUCAUCCUUCCCAUUGAGGGUUCAAAUGAAAGUAUGCGUGUGUUGACAAUGGGCAGAAGCUACCAUGUGGCCUGCUAUGAAGGAAAAAGCAACAUUUAAUCACUGUUUAAGAGUCUCUUUAUUAUUAUUCAAUAUCAGUUAUUUAUUGUGUUUUUUGACAGUUAAUGUUGUGUGUUUUUUAAUCAUUGGCAGUACCUUGAAGUACUGUAAAUGUUUAAGUCUGACAUGUUGAAGCUUGAAUUUUAAUGGCUAGAAAUAUACCAAAGUACCACAGUAUAUAUAAUUUCACUACCAUAUACAGAGGUUUUGGUAUAUAUUUAUUGUUUGCUACCAAACUUUGUCAGGUAUAUAGUUUUAUUAUGCAUUAAAUUAUAUAUAAGAAUAUCUUAGAAAAUAUAAUUCUCCAUUUAACUGAAAGAAAAGUUAAUAAAAUAAAUUAUGCAUUCUGGUUAUUGUGGUCUAUUGUAUAAUUAUUUUUUCCUGCGCCAAUAAAAUAUCUACCAUUAUUAAAUAUCUGAACAUU